AUGAUUAAGAUACAACUUCCUCCAGGAUCUAAACCGUGGUAUGAGCUAGUGGAUCCAAUGAUGACGCAUAAUAAACUUAUCGAACUGACCGAAGAAUUUUCACAAAUAUACAGGACUUACGGAGAACAGUUGAGCAUACGAAGAUACGUUCGUAGCUCAAACCAGCAGGGUCAGAAACGCACCCAUUCCAUGUCUCAAUCGCAAGCACCUUCGUCCUUAGCAAGCUUACCUCCUCCACCUCCAGCGCCCAUGUUGAAUUCCACGACGUCUUCGAAAUCUGAGGCUAAAAAUGAGCCAGCUCGCAAAAUUGAUAUCAGCGAUUAUAAACAGCGAACAGUUGGAGGCCUAAACAACCUGAAUAGCAGCCAGCAGACAUCACAGAGACGCAACUUUAUGCAGCCUGAGAUGACACAAGUUGGUGACCUUCCUCUUCCACCAGCGCUAGUUAAAACAACAGAGAAAAAGCAGCCAUCCGUAAAUGAUCAGGAUAGUCUUCAGUCCCAGAAAAGACGUUAUGAAAAUAUUGAAAGAGAUCCUGUCAAGCACCGGCGUAUGGAGGUACAAGAAAGAGAAAUGAAACAUCGUCGCUCAGAAAUGAUUGAGAAGGAUCCCUUCAAACAUCGCCGUGUUGAAGGUUACAACUAUGGCAGUAAAAACGUUGUUGGUAACUCUAACAGUUUUUCGUCGUCAUAUUCUUCGCAGCAGCAUAGGGUCUCUUCUCGAGGUGUAGAAGGUUCUCAUCGUUCUGGUAACCCACAUUUGUUGAAUCCAGACUCACGUAGCUCCAUAAGGACUUCAAGUCCCGCUAACUCUAAUACCUCAAGUAACCAAAAGCAGCAUCUUUCAUCGCGGGGGAAAGUUAGAGAUGUGAAUAUCACUGCAUCAAUACCUCUUCCACCUAAUGAGGUGCCUAGUGAAGUUAGUCCAAAUGCUGGUAACUCGAAUUCAAAUUCGACUUUUGCAUACAUGAAGCGGCCUCAGCGUCCAAUCUCACCUCCUCCACCACCUUCAACCAAUAGAAAUUACUCCUCUCGAAUGGUGCUGCCACCGCCUCCUGUACCGCCUGCUAAUGACGAAUUAGAAGACGGCGAAGUUUUAUAA